AUGAAGUGUUCUAAAGACAUGGGAGUGCAAAAAAGACACAGCCAGUUCAGCGACACCAAGUACAAGUGGCGGACAGUGUUUGUGUUAAUAGUUUAUUACUUUAGUGCGUGCAACGGUCAAGUGUCUACAGGCACGGAUCCGUAUCUAGUAAACAAGUCCUCGGUGUUGACGGAGUUGCCGGGCGGCGUGUUGGCCGGUGGUCGGACGGUGUGGAAGGCGGAUGGAAAUCCGUAUUUACUGCGGGAUGAUCUCCUGGUGGAGAGAGAUGCAGAGCUGGUGGUGGAGCCCGGAGUAGAAGUCCGAUUCUCCCCUAUGGUGGGCAUCACUGUGCGGGGCAAGCUGAUAGCCGUGGGUAAUCAUGAAAAUAAUAUAACCUUUACAAGUACAGAGGAGCCAGUAAGAAACCCGAAAGCUGUGCCAGACAUACGAUUGGUGGAUGGACCAUCGAUACUCGCUGGAAGAGUCCAAAUCUUACAUCGGGGACAAUGGAGAUCUGUCUGUACGAAUUCAAGAAAUUGGACAAUCAACGACAUGGAAAUAGCUUGCAGACAAUUGGGUUUCAUGGGUGGUUCAUUUUACAACUGGAUGGAUCGUCAACCAGGCAGACUAGCCAGACUUCUAUUCGAAGAACCAAGGUGCAAAGGGACAGAGAGCGACCUUUUCCAAUGCGAUUGGAAUUCUCGACAACUUGGCUCGGGCGUUUGCGACUAUCACCCAGAUCUGGCGAUACAAUGCCAACCGCGGCACGAUAUCAGUGGCAAUCUUGCACGACAUUGGAGAGGAUUGCGUUUUGAAAAUGCAGUGUACGAACGAAUAUUAACAGCUGCUAACACUUUAUAUGUCCCUACAUCGAUGUCCAGGCUCAGGCGUGUCGUAAUAAAAAAUGCAGGGCUCGGCAGAAAUAACAAUGCCACUAGUGCCCUAGAUGUUAUGGGUGUACCGCCGGUCAUGGAAGAUAUAGAAAUAUCGUACUCGGCUUUCAACGCGGUCAACGUGACCUCACCCGACGCUCCUAUAGUCAUAAACAAUUGUACGAUUCGAAACAAUAGAGGUUACGGUGUUUAUGUGAAUUCAACUUACGGUAUGACCAAGAUAGAAAACUGUUUGAUUCACGAGAACGGCGGGGACGGGGUCAAAUACGUAGUACACGAGAUGAAUAUGGAUGAGAGGUUCGACCGAAGCGAAGUUUUCGACUUGUGCACACUCGCAUCCACCCCCAGUCAGACAUUUCCAAUUCAAAUGUCAAUCGAGCAGUCGAGAUAUUCUAAUAUGGAGAGAGAUUGCAAUCAAAAAUUUUAUACGCGAUCCGAUCAUGUUUUGACCUUGAGUUUUCUCAAGUUGUUAACAAAUCAAAAUAACACUGGAGAGAUGUACAUAUAUGAUGGUUCGACGUCCAACGAUAGGCUACUGUUGGCAUUUAAUAUAAGGAACUUUACGCGCCCACAGAGCGUGACGUCAACUAGAAAUAGGAUGUACGUUAGAUUUCGCGCCAACACGCGCACCGACAUAACUGGUUUUUUGAGACUUACGUCAGGUAUCAGUAAAACGUAUGAUCUAAAUGUGACCGACACUAUCAUAUCUGACAACAAUGGCAGGGGCGUGGCAAUUGAAAAUUUGAGAUCACAAGUUCAUAUACACCGUACAGCUAUAUCGAAUAACAAUCAUGUUGCUGGCUUGCAUGUGGUGAGUGGAGCGGGAGAUGUUAAUGUAACGGAAAGCAGAAUAUCCUUCAACCAAGGUGACGGAGUUAAUAUAACGGUUACUGGCGGUAAUAGAAACAUAUCCAAAAGUAUAUUGAGCUCGAAUCAAGGUUUCGGUAUCUCUGUUUGGCUGAAUGACACUCAAGAAACUGAAUACAUCCCGUUAAACCAGACGACCGUCGUUGAGUAUUCAGAAAUUUUUAAGAACUUAGAUGUCGGAAUUCUACACGGCAACUUCUGUGGCGACAGUUGGGUCAACAUAACAGGCAAUUGGUUCAAUACAAGCGCUGAAAGCACCAUCGAAGUGUCUACAUGUUGGAGGUUUAAUAACCCUCAAAGAUUAUUAAACCUACAGAUAGGUCAUAAUAGGUUCUAUGAAAAUUUAAAAGUUCCCGUGAAAAUACAGCCGGCCCUCAAUGUGAAUGGUAGGAUAGAACAUAACUAUUUCGAGAAUGGCCACUAUGGUGCAAUCGUAAUACUCAAUAGAAUAGAAGGAAAGUUUUUAGAAGAAUUUGAGAUAUUGCCAGCCAAUUUUAGAAUACAGCAUAACUAUUUCUUUGGAAAUAAAGGACCAUUUGUAGUUAAUUUAGGUUUAUCGCCGUACAGUGACAUACAGUAUAUAUUGUUCACUAGAAAUUUCUUACGAGACAAUAAGGUACAGGAGCCUUUUGAACCGAUAGAAGGAAUUUCAACUCGAUUAACUCCAAGAAGCAGAGUUGCAGCAACUAUAGUACUAUCUUCAAGUAAUAUAGACGUAUUCAGAAAUAUAAUUAAUAAUCCAGAAGCACAAUACGAGAUAGGAUCACACGUUGAAGAUCAGAGCAAAAUCUUAAAUUGCACUUAUAACUGGCUCGGUUUCGGCGAAGAAGAAAAAGUCUACAAUAGGCUAUUUCAUAGAAAAGAUAGGUAUAAUUUAGCGAAAAUAGUUUACAUGCCGUACUUACUCCACAAUAGUAAUCCUGGUGCUACUCAGAUCAAUUAUAACUCAUUAUUCGUACCUCAAUUCAACGUGCCGGGUACUUUUGUCGUUGGGGGUGAAGUGGAAGGCAUAGAAGUUCUAAGGCAAGGAGAGUAUGACGUUAACAAAGACAUUAAUAUAAGGCCUGGAGGUAAACUAGUCUUGCAAUCAGGCGUAACAUUAAAGUUCCCACCAGCUAUUGGCAUAAUGGUCGCAGGUAAGAUUGAAGCAAGAGGUAAGCGACCAAAUGACAUCACUUUUACUCUUAAAGAAGAAGUAGUCUUAUCUAACGAAAGUUAUUAUGAGACUGAUGUAGAACCAACUACUCCUGGCUACGUAGAGCCAGUAGUACCAAUAAGGCUUUUGGGAGGUAGAACGCAGAAUGAAGGUAGAUUGCAGGUUAGAAUUGAUGACAGAUGGGGUACGGUGUGUAAUUAUAAAUGGAAUAUUAUCAAUGCUGCUCUGGUUUGCAACCAACUGGGUCUCGCUUUGAAUCCCGAGGAUUGGUUUUUGGAACCUAAUGAAAUCCCAAGUGCUGGAAUUUCGGAAGAGAUUAUUCUAUCGAACGUACAAUGUACUGAAUUUGAUACUGAUAUUACAAAAUGCAAAGCAGAAACUAGAGAUAAUUUUGAAAAUUCCUGCACUCAUGAUAACGAUGUUGGCAUUCGGUGCUAUGAGACAAGUUGGGCGGGAGUCAGAUUUAGCGUGAUCUCAGAGAGAGCUGAUUUACAAUACGUUACUAUUGAAAAAGCUGGUUUACUAGACUACUCAUCUAAUGUUUUCAAACCUGCUUUGCAAAUUGACUUCGCUAGACACAGUUUGGAAAGCGUGAAAAUUGCUAACAAUUAUCAUGACGGCUUGGGCAUAUUGUAUUCCGAUUUAUAUGGAGCCGAUGCCAUAAACACAGUUCGCAACUCCGAAUUUAGUAACAACAAAGGCAGCGGUAUAAGUUUCAAACAACUGGGACUAAAAGUUUAUGGAUCUGUUAUAGAAAAUAAUAAUUUGGCGGGAAUAUAUCACAACCCACAUCUAACGGGUCCACAGCAAAGAGAAAUAGCUGGAUGGUUUAAUCUAGAUCGAGGGUUUAACUUUGACGAAUCCAACUAUCGUCCUAUAACAAUACCUGAGUACGAAACACAUAUAUCUUUAGUAAACGGAGAAACAAGGCAUUUGGUAUUUUCUAAACACCACGGCGAAAACAUUGUUAAAACGUACAAUAUUAAAUGCAAUCCGGGUUUCGUACUUGGUUUACAGCUUUUGAAUCCUAUUCACAAUUUCUCUACUGAAAACAUAUGUAUAUAUGACUCGCAGAAUAUUAACGAGAGAAGUACACAAUGGUGCUUGAACCGGGACCUGUCGACUUUCCCAACGACUAGUAAUAGUUUUGGAGUAGUAUUAACGUAUGAAAGUGGUACAAAUGCUCUAGGCGGCGUAGUCCUCGUAGUCAGUACAAUUACAGCACCAGUACAAAACCUUCGAAACAGGAUCGUUAAGGGUCCAGUUCCAACCCUACAAGUGGUCAAUACAAAAAUUAAAGGUAAUACGAAAGGUGUCAAAGCUUUGUACUAUAAUCGUUACUUAAAUGAACUUGGUGAUCAUUUCUUAAGAAAAGCUAAUGAAAGUAUCAAAAUAUUUAAUUGUGAGAUAGCACAUAAUAAAGAAGAAGCUAUUUAUGUAAACACUCCAUUCUGGGAUAUCCAUGACAGUAACAUUACAGAAAUAACUAUUAUGGUCAAUGGCAGUCUUAUCACUGAUAACGGAAGAGGCAUCCAUCACUUUGCAAGAGAUCUGAGAAGCUCCAAUAAUCUUUAUCAUUAUAUUCUUCAAGAUAAUACUAUAGAGAGAAACAAGAACGGUGGAUUUGACGUCGCUUUACCAUACGUUUGGCAAUAUAACGAAAACUUCACGCAUUCUGUCUAUAUGUACAACAACACUUGGCGAAAUAAUCAGAACUUCGCCUUAAUCGUAGACGGACACUUCUCAGAACUUAAUAUAACGAAAAAUGUGUUCACUGAUAACAAUUGCAGAUUUGGACUGAUUUCCAUACAAGGAAUGGAGAAGAAAAUGACGAUUGACGGUAAUCUAAUCGAAAGGAAUAAUGGACAGUUCAUGGUUAAAUUCCAUAUGGACAGUCAAAGUGAAAUAAUGGGGCUCGUGUACGCUGUAUUCGUGUUCAACAAGUUGAAAAAUAAUCAGCACACGUCUAUGGUUAACAGAGGAUCUUUGAUACACAGUUUCGAGCCAACCUACGUCAUAGGCUUCAAAGGAGUACAAAAAGUUAAAGUGAGCAGGAAUUUGUUUGGCAACAACGCAUUAGAGUACACACUGGUUGCUGGUAUUAGAACUGCGAAAAUUAAUAAUUUAUUGGACGUAGCUGAAAACUGGUGGGGCAGUGCUGUGGAGAAAGAAAUCCAAAAGCAAAUAUUCGAUUUCGACGACUGGAAUAACCAUGCUAUAGCGAUUUACUUACCGUAUUUGCUUGAAGACGACUUUGAGGCUAGUAUUUCGCCAUCUUUCAGUCCAAAUGCAGAAGUAGAUGUUAAUGAAUUGGGCGGUCGUCUGGUAUCUAAUCUCACUAUAGAAUCACGAAUUGCUCCAUACAUUGUCAAAUCCGAUAUAACUGUCAUGCCAGAUGUAACUCUUACUAUCCAUCCUGGUGUAAUAUUGGAGUUUCCUCCGAAUGUUGGCAUUCUUGUAAUGGGUCUAUUAGAGGCAGUUGGCCACAUCCAACUUCCAAUUAUUAUGAGACCGAUAUCAACUGCCGCAAAUAUUGAAAUGAAUAGGAAAGACAAGAGGGAAGUUGGUCAAUAUUCGCAAUAUCAUCACAAACAGCGGAGGCAAUUAGAAUUAUUGUCCUUACCAAAUUCUAUACGACUGUGUACGGGUAGAAACUGUUCCAUCAGUGACAAUAUUAGCGAGAGAAACCAUGAAGGUUUCCUUGAGUACUAUAAUAAAACUACUUUACAAUGGGUUCCUAUGUGUGAUAAUCGAUUUACGGAAAGAAAUGCUCAAGUAGUGUGCAGAGAAUUGGGCUUCGAUCCGAUCAAUGUAUUCUUCGCUCACGACCGAAGAGUGGAGUAUCACAGCAACUCUUUAUCAAGGAUUUGGUCGUGGCCUGAGCCUUUGCAAUGCGUGGGUACAGAAGAUAGAUACGAAGACUGUCCAAUCAGACUCAACGGACAGUUAUAUGGCCAUAGACAUGAAUGCAGAUGGGACUCUGAAUUUGUCUUCAUACAUUGCGGAACGAGGAAUUUGGAAGAAAACCUAGACUAUUGGGGUGGGAUAAGAUUUGCAAAUCCUGAAUUCGAGUAUUCCCUAUACGAGCAUAGGAUACACGACCAUCACACACACGAAACAAUGAAACGGCCAGAAAGCGUGUUACGACAUGUCCAAAUUUACGGCGCAGGUAUACUGCACAACGAGAAAUCUCCAGCCAUACAAAGUAUAGUAAAAAACCCAGAUAUAAGAAACGUUAAUAUAAGCAAGUGUGCUCACCACGGAAUUAACUUAAUAUCUCCCACCGAUACUAUAAGUAUGAUGUUUAAUUCCGUAAGUGACAUAUUAGGUGAAGGUGUUAGUGCCAUAUCAUUGAACGGGGAAGGUAGAGAAUCGGAGGAAUCUAGUUUCACACCGCUCAAAGACUUGAAUCUUCCCUAUCACAUGUUCUCUCUCAUUGACAUUUGCGACAGUAGUAAAAUGGUAACCGUGGAAGAAAGAGUAAUAUUGUACUACAAAUACGAUAAUAACCCGGUGAAUUGCGUGAAAAUCUUCAAGAGUAUGUUCAGAGUGAAGCCAUUCGGGUUCCGCUUACUCCAAUUUAACUUGUUCAACCAUACCUUGAAUUACGGUAAGAGGGAUUCGUUGACUUUGUACGAUGGAGACAUUUACAAUAUCACCGCUCCCAUGAUUGGGUAUUUGGAGAACGGUUCGCCUGAUGAGAAGAAGUUGUUUAGAACCGAAGGCUCUAGUUUGAGCGUGAGUUUGUUCGCGAACGGGGCGUCGGCGGUGCAUGGGUUCAUUGCUGAGAUCGUCACGUUGCCUAUAUCUGCAAUUGGAUUUAACCGCGACGUCCAACAUAACAUAUCGAACAGCGAGUUCAUGAACAACAGAGACGGUGCAAUCACGUACCAGUCGGUCGGUGAAGUGAAUCCAUUAGUGGCUAUAACCAGGAACGAGAUCCAUGGAAACUGCCUCAAACUGUACGGGAACUUCACUUCCUGCCAGUCAGCUGUGAGGAUCGACGUUCAGAAUACUCAGAGUUUGGUGUUUAGGAAUAAUCUGGUGCGAGAUAACGUUGGAGGGUUGCUAGUGCGAGCUGAUUCCAGAGGGUCGGCGACGUCGCUACGCGGCUGGAUUCAUAACAAUCUGUUCUUCGCUAACCACGACCUACCUUGUCUGAAAGUCGAAGGUCGCCAAUCGUCCCCCUACCAAGAAGUGACGAUAUACCGCAACUACUUCACCCGCAAUCGAGUUCCGUUCGAGGACGUCAUAGUGUUGCGCCAAGUGGUCUCAAAUUUCACGUACAAUUACGUCCACGACAACACCGGACAAAGGAUUCUAGAAGUGUCCGGUUUCGAUAAAGUCAGACUGCCGAUAUACCAGACCACUUCUCAUAAUGGAUUUUACAGAAACUAUGCUCUAGACCGCGAAGGUCGCGCCACAGUGGUGGCAGGCACCGCUGGACAGAACUACGUCGACAAUAUCUUCUUUAAUCCCGAUAACGACUAUGAAAUGAUUACCGUCAAUAGAUCUAUCUUUGCUGACUAUAACCCGAAUUUCAUGAGUUCCCUGGACCUCUGGCGUACGAGAAUCGAUGCUAAACACAACUACUGGAGCUACAACGAAACGUUGGCUGUAGCGGGAAGGAUCCGGGACCAGGCCGACAACCCUCUGCUUCUAGAGGUGGACUACAGGCCGUUCUACAUGAACAACUUAACGGUCCUGGGAGGGGGGAAAUGUCCCCCAGGAUGGGACGCUAUAGCCGGAACAUGUUAUAUGUACGUCGGCGCACCUAUGACGUAUGAAGAGGCUAGGACUUUCUGUUUGUCUGACAACGCGUCCAUGCCAUACGUGACGGGCAACUACGCGGCACUGUACGAGUUCAUCCAGCGUCAGAACCAGUGGUUCCAGUACGGGGACCGCGUGUGGGUCAACCACAUCGACUACGUGACGCAGUGCACAUCCUUCGCUUUCUCCAGUGUGGACAUCACCGACUGCAAUCAGAAGAACGCGUUCAUUUGUGAAAUUGACCCGAAGAUAAUGAUCGACCCGAUGUCGUGGCAGGGCGACACGUUGGCGGUCGCGUUCAUUGGAUUGUUAUUACUCGCGGUGUUGCUCGUCGCCGCUGCGCUCAUCUGCUGGUACUCCAAGUCUAAGCACAGACAUGUCCAGCGAUUAGAGCGACGUAACUCAAUUCGUCAGUCGCUGCACUCGGUGCGGUCCAUCGGGAGCAUCAACGGAGGGUUCCCUGACACCGCGUACAGGAGGAAAUUGGCGCAAAUGAGCACCCGUUCCACCGACACACUAACCAAAGGAUCAGACUACCGCAAAAUGUUAGCAUCAACCACCUCAAUGGAAUCAAUGGAAAAAAGCCAAUUCAACUCCUCAAUCGAGGACAACCAGAGCUUCGACAUCUACGAGGCACAUAACCCCAACAACAUCCAAUUGAAACAGAGUACUUUCUCUAAGAAACCCGCAUCGCCAGAAUAUUCCGUCCCACAGACUAUGAGACCGUUUAACUUGGCAUACAGGAAUGAGGGUUAUAAAGACGCUUCCGGUCAGACGAGUGGGGCGCCAUCUAUCAACACUAUGACAGAAGAAACUCCUAUACUACACCACGCUGGGAUCAGGUCACCUGAAGAAGAUACGUUACCUAAUGAUGGUCAAUACUAUACGUCAGAUACUCUCCCAUUACGGGAUCUGAAUAAGUCCAGUGAUACGUUAGCGUUGAAGAAUGAUUUGGAGAAAGAUAAAUACGGCCCGUACGGUGCACCGCAAUAUGGCGGUCAGCCGAAACUGUCGUUUUUGAUGGAAUUAAGAUCGAAAAUGCCGGAGCAGCCGCAACCAGGAGCUGUGCCUACGACUACUUUUGGACAGAGGAAUGACCAACAAUAUUACGAAGAUGACCUGCCAAGCCCGCCGCAUCCGCCAGUAUACUCAAGUCCAUACGACAACAGCCACUCAGAACACAUUCCGAGCUACGAUUCCAGUCCGCGGGACCUUUCCACGGAUUUCGAUUCUCCGAUGUCGGACUACCACCGCUCAAAAUCGGAAGCAUUGUUGGAAACUAAUUUUGAUUUUGACGACUCUGAGUCAAGUCCUCUGCCUAUGACAGAGGCGAGUAGAUCGCACAGCCAACCUUUAGAGACCGCCAUGUGAUAGUAUAGUAUGAUAUGGUAUCUAAUAACCCUGAACUUCGAAUGACCAGCGUAGAAAAUGGUAAUUAAAAUAUAAAAACAAAAACUUACUUUGUCCGCUCGUUUAAAACGAAUGAGAUCUUUUUCUACCUUUAGACUUUUUAAUCUGGUAUAUGUGUAGAAUAUGGUUAAUAUUAUGUGUUCGAAUGUUUGAAGUGACAGGGUUUUUGUAACACUAUAAUGGAGUAGAAAGAAAAGACUGAUUUAAUGUCUUGAUCGAAAUGCUAUUCUUUUGCAUUUACUGAAUGUUUCCACGAUAAUGUGCCUUAUGAACUAUAUACUUAUAUUAACGAACUAAAAAUUUCCAUUUUAUAUUAAUGUAUCGAUAACAGUAACGCACGAUCUCAAUAUAAAUAAGCGUAAAUAUCUAACGCUUUGUCGUACUUUCGCCGCGUACUAUUUUCUAUGUUUUUCUAUACUGUUCUGAAACAUUCCUUUAUAUUUACAAUUUACAAUAGUUUUAUAUUUUGUAUAAUGUAUUUGUCCGUCCUUGUAUCAAGUGAGUUAUGUUAAGUUAAAUUAAGGUAUUUCUAGAAUAUAUUCAAAUGAAACACCAUUGUGUAAUCAUAAAUGUAUGUCAUUUAAUCGACUUCUACAAUUUUUUUAUAGAUAUUUUAUGUAUGUUUUGUUAUGAAUUAUUUUCCAGUAUUUAUAUUGUUUGUAAAAAUAACUAAAUGAUUUUAUGACUUAAUGCUUUAAUUAUAAAAUGUACAAGACAAAAUAGGACCAGCAGGUAGUGUUAAAAAAUUACUAUAAGACUAAUAGAAGAAUAAAUAUCACAAAUAUUCUUA